AUGUCGAGGCGCAAGCAAGCUAAACCACAGCAAAUUAAUUCCGGUGAGCCCGGUUCGUCAGAAAAGGGGGUUCUACAAGAUGGUCAAACUGAAGAGGUUGGAAAUGAGGCGAAGAGGUUUCGAAUGGACACAGCAAAGGUCUGCACCAAAUGCUGUGCUGAAUUCUUCAAUGAGGCUGAAUUUCUCGAACAUCAGAAUAAUUGCACUAAAAGUCACAAGGCAGUCAUCAUGAAAGAUGGCGAGGGGAGAGAAGUACCAGAAGAGGUGUCACAAGGAGACUCCCCUGGUGACUUCCAGAAUGACCACAGGGACUGCCAGCGCAGAAGUAAUUCUCUAUCAAAGUCCAAUGCAGAGUCUAUGGAAAGGAUGGAUGACGAGGAAGAACCUAAAAUAAACGGUGCGGAACAACCACCCAAACAAGACCAGGUAGAGAUGUCUGACAAUCCCAGGCCUGAAAUGAGUAACCAUCAGAGCCAGACCUCAUCCAAACUCCAAGAUUCAAAUGUCAUCUUGGAGUCCAUGCCUGGCACCAAAGUGGCCGUCACUCAGCAUUCAUCGAACGUUGGUUUGAACAACCGAAGGUCUGCACAGACCUCCCAGGAGGCUUUGCAAGCUAUCCCCAUGAUCCUGGAACAGCUGGUGGCUCUCCAGCAGCAGCAGAUCCAACAGAUCCAUCUGACUGAGCAGAUCCGUAUCCAGGUGGCCAUGAUGGCUCCACAGAGCCUCCAAUCGGCCAAAGGGGCAUCAGUUGACCCUCUUAAAGCCCUAGGAGCUCACCUCUCCCAGCAGCUCUCUGCUGCAGCAGCCCUGAUCAGUAAGAGGACUAGCCGCCAGAGUCUCUCGAUAGAGUCCCUCAAACAGGGCAAACUACCCCAGUCCAACAGCAACCCCACCUCACUGGCUGGAGGACUGGGGCCAAUGCCCUCCAAAACCGAUAUGUUGAAGGGGCUCCCAGACCUGGCCAACCACCUACCAGUGUUACUGCCUCAAUCACCAGGCUACAAGGCCUUUCAAAGUCCCUUCACUGGCCUCUCGUCAGGGAUGGAUCCCUCUAAGAAAGUAAAGAGCAAGAUCCCAAACAUGCCUGAGUCUAAAAACGGGUCUGGUGGCGACAGCAUGUACAAGCAUAAGUGUAAGUACUGUGGAAAAACCUUUGGUAACGACAGCGGGCUCCAGAUCCAUUUGCGCUCGCACACUGGAGAAAGACCAUUUAAAUGUAACAUCUGCGGAAACCGCUUCACAACCAAAGGAAACCUUAAAGUGCAUUUCCAGAGACACAAGGAGAAGUACCCUCACAUCAGGAUGAACCCACACCCUGUGCCAGAACACCUUGACAACAUUCCCACCAGCAGCGGCAUCCCGUAUGGCAUGUCAAUGCCGAUUGAAGAAUCCAACAUGGUGGACAUGAAGCCAAUGCUUGGCAUCCCAUCUCCAGGUUUCCACCCAUCAGCACCUCAGGGAUUCAAGCCUUCGUUUGAAGGUUUCAGGAGCGACCCGUUCUCCCAAAGACCGGCAUCAUCUGGAAGUGACGGAGCAUCAAUUUCCUCAAACGCGUUCAAUCACGAAAUGGGCUCUGAUCAGCACCACCAGGUAUCUAAUGAGCUAAUGGGAGCGCUGCAUCACAUGAACGGCAAAGACCCUCUCAGCGACCACGAAGGCUCUGAAACAGCCAAAUUACAGCAGAUGGUGGAUGGGCUGGAGAAGAGGACCAAUGACCCAAACGAGUGCUACAUCUGCCACCGAGUGCUCAGCUGCCAAAGCUCCCUGAAGAUGCAUUACCGUACACACACGGGUGAGCGGCCCUACAAGUGUAAGAUCUGCGGCCGUGCCUUCUCCACCAAGGGCAACCUCAAAGCUCAUUACAGUGUCCAUCGGGCCAACACGCCCCUCAAGAUGCAACACUCCUGCCCCAUCUGCCAGAAGAAGUUCACCAAUGCUGUGGUUCUCCAGCAGCACAUCCGCAUGCACAUGGGAGGCCAGAUUCCCAACACCCCCAUGCCAGAGACUCAGUUAGAGGCCUCUGAAGAAAUGAACUCCCCUCUGCCCGACGAGAAGUCCAUGGACUUCAACGGCUUUGAGAGCAUGGAAGACCAAUACACAGAGCUUGACUCUCAGGAGAAGCCAAGCAAAACUUCAGAUUCUCUCCCACCAUCUGUGUCUGAGGAACCGCACCAACCCCAUCAGGCCCCUCCAUCCUCUGUGUUCUCCAGCAUAGCGGCACUGGAGAACCACAUGAAGAACCUCACCUCGUCUCUCAACCUGCAGCGCCAAAGCAGCACCGCUUCAGAGAGCGAUGGAGUGCCCCCCAAAGAGUCCACCUCAGCCUCCGAGGGCCUCCGGGAGCAAGAGUACCAGAGCGGCCGCAGCCCCACCGUCUCAGACUCUGUCUCCUUCCACUCCUCAUCCCCAGUCAACAGCCAUGUGGGCAGCAGCAAGUCAAAGUCCCCCGAGUUAGCCUUCCCUGAGGAUUACACCCGGAACAGGCCUAGACCAGACUCUGACGGCGGCUCUCAGGAUGCCAGUGGGUCCAAUGGCGCUCUGGACCUGACGGCACCCAGCUUCACUCCAAAAACCAUAAAAGAAGAGCCUGGCCUGUACUUCACUAAUGGAGAGUAUGGUAACCAUUUGCCUCCUUUCAUGAGGGUGCCCUCCAGUCUGGUCCAACUGGAGAUGCAGAUUCCCCCAGAGAGCUCCAUGGGCAUGAGCUCUCUAUUUGGCUCCCAGAUGCCCCAGGGAGCAGGAGGGCAGCCACGGGACAGCUCAAGUGCUCCCCGUAGAUCCAGCAAGCAGCACCUGUGUAACUCCUGUGGCAAAAACUUCUCCUCUGCCAGUGCCCUGCAGAUCCAUGAGAGGACCCACACUGGAGAGAAGCCCUUCGGCUGCACCGUCUGUGGCAGGGCCUUCACCACUAGAGGCAACCUAAAGGUGCAUGUUACAACUCACAUGUGGAACAGCUCUGUGAGGCGUGGCCAGCGCCUCUCUCUGGACAACCCCAUGGCCCUGAUGGCCAUGAGCUCAGAGUCUGGCAACGUUAUGCCACCUCCCAAGGAACUGGAUCCUCAGCCAAUGAACUUCGACCAGUCUCUGUGGAACCAGUAUGCUGCUGCUUUCACCAACGGCUUGUCCAUGAAGACUAACGAGAUCUCUGUGAUCCAAAAUGGUGGUAUGCCUGGUAGCCUGGCCGGUGGUCCUCUGUUCCGCUCGACUGGAGGCCUGAUGGAAAUGGAUGGGUCCCACUCUGGCCUGCCUGCCACCAUGGCAGAGAUUGAGAAGAAUGGCUCAGAGAGCGUGGCCAAAUCUCAGUUCCCACAUUUCAUGGAGGAAGGGAAAAUUGCAGUGAACUAG